AUGGAGUCCGGUAAUAGUAGUAGCAUGCAAUCUUCAAGCGGCGGCGGAGGAGGAGGAGAAGAAGAGUAUGAUUCACGCGCCGCUGAUCAGUCCAUCUCCGCCUUCUUCGACCACCAUAACCACCACGUGUCAUCUCUACCUCAACCGCAACAAAACCACCUCAACCUCUUCCACUUCGACCACAGCAGCAACAACUCUCUAUUACCACCAAACUACUUCAACAACAACAUGACCAACACAUUCUUACCCGUAAACCAACAACCGGACCCGAUUUCUCACCCCGACCUUCGAACCUUCUCUGCCACGUCAUCACUCCCUCCUCCUAACAACAUAGGAGUAACCAAGAAAGCCAAGAAAAGAUCUCGAGCAUCAAGAAGAGCACCAACGACGGUUCUAACGACGGACACAUCGAAUUUCCGAGCGAUGGUUCAAGAGUUUACCGGAAUUCCAUCUCCGCCGCUAUUCAACAACAACUCUGUCGUGAACACCACGCGCCUGAACACAUUCCUCGGCUUGUCUUCUUCCCCAAACUCUUACAAUAACAACAGUCUCUUGUUACGACCUUUUGCUCAGAAACUCCUCCCAACGUCUUCUCUCCUAUCCGGAUCACAGAUUCAGCAAUUUCAAAACCCUAAUAAUAGUUUUGAGAAUAUGAAUUUACAGUCUCUUCUUCAGUCUCAGAUUUCAAACCCUAGAAGUAAUGAGCACGAUCAGUUUGGUCUUGGUAUGUUGCAGAGUCAAUCUACUACUCUGACGACGACGACAACGGUGGCAGCUAACGGGAACAUUACCACUGGUGAAAAUGGAAAUUACGGUGGUUCCGAACAUGAUCAUAAUAAUGACGGUACUUGGUUAUGUUCAGCUCCCGACCAAAGAACUUAA